AUGGUCCUGCCACUCGAGGUCGCCGUCUUCAACACCUCCGACGCACUCAACGCCAGCCACCACGGCGCCGCCCGCGUCGAGAUAAACGCACCCGACAGCUACUCCCUCGGCGGCCUCACUCCGCCUGCCUCUCUACCCGCCCCCUCCGACCUGUCGAUCCCCGUGCGGGUCAUGAUCCGGCCGCGCGGGCCUCCGCCCUCCGGUCCCGACUUUCUCUACGCGCCCGCCGAGAUUGACGCCAUGCGCGCCGAUAUAGCGCGCCUCGUGCCGGUCAUGCACACCAGCCGCGGCGACGGCUUCGUCUUUGGGGUGCUGAAGCGGAAAGGGACAGAGGAAGAAGAAGAAGAAGGAGAGGAGCAUCUCGAAAUCGACGUGGAGACGUGCGCGGAGCUAGUGCGCCUCGCGCGGCCGUUUGAAUGCACGUUUCACCGCGCGUUUGACUUGGUGCGCAAUGUGGACGAGGGCGUCGAGGCGCUGAUUCGGUGCGGCUUCGCGGGCGUGCUGACGGCGGGCGGAAGGGCCGAGGGCGGGUGCGCGGCGAACCUGGACAGGCUGGAGAGCAUCUGCGACCGCGUCGCGGGCAGGAUGGAGGUGGUCGCAGGCGGCGGCGUGCGGCACCACAACGCCCGGGCGCUGGCGGCGAGGCUGGCGAGGUACCAACGGGUGUGGUUGCACACGGCGGCCAUGGGCGUGGAGGGGACGACGAUGGAUAAAGACGAGCUGAUUCGAUUGACAGAGGGGCUAGCGACUUGA